UAACGCGAGGGGGCCGACCAUCGAGUCUCUCGCAAUUUAUUGGACCCGUUGUUGGCUUCUCCACGCCCAUCAGCCAUCGAACCUAGGGCGUCUAACGGCGGCCAUUACCAGAAACGUCCAGAUCUCUGCCGGUUAAAUAAGCUCCUUGGCGAUUUUCUCCGUGCGUCGAAUCUCAACCGUUGGAUUACCGCCGGUCAUCUUCUUGGUUUCGGAAACCCUACAUUUCCCAUCACCUUCAUUUUCAUUUCCAAAGCCUAGUAUUCCCAUCACCUUCGUUUUCAUUUCUAAAGCCUAGUAAACCCCUCCCCACCAUCCCCCUUGCCUCUCUCUCUCUGCUACUUCCUGAUACCAUAGGAAGUCUUUUUCUUUUGUUCUUGUAACCGCAUGAAAUCACAGAUUCUUCUCUGCAAUCGAGUAUAAACCGUUGUCUCGCUUCGACAGAGUUGCCAGCAUCUUGUUUGCAUGUGUUUGUGUUAGGAAAUUCCUAGGACCUUGUUUCCAGUGUAAAAAUUUUGCUGAAACCCUACCAUUAUUGUUUCCGUCAGUGAGAUGGAGAAUUCAGGAUUGGAUUCUUUGUCUAUUAAGGACAGGGCUGAUGGUGGAAAACUCAAGGAAACAAAGCAGAAAAAACCUUCGCAAGGAGGCACUAAGAAUGCACCAAAAAAGAAGGAGGUGAAGAAAGAGACAGGUCUUGGUCUUACGUAUAAGAAGGACGAGAAUUUUGGGGAAUGGUAUUCAGAGGUGGUAGUUAAUGGAGAGAUGAUUGAAUACUACGAUGUCUCUGGUUGUUACAUACUAAGACCAUGGGCUUUUUCAAUCUGGGACAUACUGAAAGACUUCUUUGAUCCAGAAAUUAAGAAGAUGGGCAUAAAGAAUUGUUACUUUCCUCUAUUUGUUUCUUCAAACGUCUUGGAGAAGGAGAAAGAUCACAUAGAGGGCUUUGCUCCAGAGGUAGCUUGGGUAACAAAGUCUGGUCAGUCGGAGUUGGAUGUGCCCAUUGCUAUCCGUCCAACAAGUGAGACUGUUAUGUACCCUUACUAUUCAAAGUGGAUAAGGGGCCACCGAGACCUUCCAUUAAAGCUCAAUCAAUGGUGUAAUGUGGUUCGCUGGGAGUUUAGCAAUCCAACUCCUUUUAUCAGGAGCCGAGAAUUUCUUUGGCAAGAGGGGCAUACAGCUUUUGCAACAAAGGCUGAAGCAGAUGAAGAGGUUCUUCAAAUACUGGAAUUGUACCGAAGAAUUUAUGAAGAAUACCUUGCAGUGCCUGUGAUCAAGGGAAGAAAAAGUGAGUUAGAGAAAUUUGCAGGUGGCUUGUAUACAACAACUGUAGAGGCAUUUGUCCCCAAUACUGGUCGUGGUAUACAAGGAGCUACUUCACAUUGUCUUGGUCAAAAUUUUGCUAAGAUGUUUGAAAUUAAUUUUGAGAAUGAGAAGGGAGAAAAGGGGAUGGUCUGGCAGAAUUCUUGGGCUUACACUACUCGUUCGAUUGGCGUGAUGAUUAUGGUCCAUGGAGAUGACAAGGGCUUGGUUUUGCCACCUAAAGUCGCAUCAUUACAGGUUAUUGUGAUUCCUGUUCCCUACAAGGAUGCAGAUACACAGGGGAUCUUGGAUGCAUGCUCCGAGACUGUGGCAGCGCUAAGAGCAGCAGGCUUCCGCGCUGAAGCGGAUCUUCGAGAGAAUUAUUCACCUGGUUGGAAGUAUUCGCAAUGGGAAAUGAAAGGUGUUCCUCUGAGGAUUGAAAUUGGGCCCAGAGACUUGGCUAACAAUCAGGUCCGUGCUGUGCGCCGUGACACGUCAGCAAAAAUGGAUGUACCAAGGCAUAAAUUAGUGGAGGAUGUCGGAACAAUAUUGGAUGACAUUCAACAGAGCAUGUAUCAGACAGCAAAGCAGAAAAGAGAUGCUUGUAUAGUGGUCGUAAGGACCUGGGAAGAAUUUAUGGAUGCUCUUGCGGCAAAGAAGAUGAUCCUGGCUCCUUGGUGUGAUGAGAUGGAAGUUGAGAAAGAUGUGAAAGCGCGAACAAAAGGUGAAAUGGGAGCUGCUAAGUCACUUUGUACGCCGUUUGAUCAGAUGCCUCUUCCUGAAGGUACACUUUGCUUUGCAUCAGGUAAACCGGCCAAGAUAUGGACCUACUGGGGAAGAAGUUACUGAGUCAGGUUUUGCUGUAUAUUGCAUGGUAUUGGUAUCCUCCAGGAUGUGAUAUAAGAUUGUGCCUGAAAUUGCUUGUUGUGGAGUUGACAAGGCAUCGUUGAAGCUGUGGUCAGCAGUAAGCCAAUUUUUUAAACCGUUUUCUUUUUUGUCUUGAUGAUGGGGUUUUGAUUAAACCAAUUAAAAGUUUUUUCUUGAUGUUGGGAUACAUCACUGAUUCCAUUAUUGACCUAAUUGAAAAUAUUCGUCCGUUUGAAUGAGAAAAUGUUGUUUUAGCGCUU